AGAUUGGGAAAAAACUCCAUUGUUCUUCCCACCUGGUCGCCGUGAAGAACAAGAAGAAGAAAGAGAGAACUCAACGUCUCCCUUCGUAGUUCUCUCUCUCUCUCUCUCUCUCUCUCUCUCUCUCUCUCUCUCUGUGCAGAGAUCCAUGCAGCCUCCAUGCCUCGAUCUUCCUUUGCGCUAUAUCAUAUCUCAGCUAGUCGUCUCUCACAUUCAUUUCGGGACCUUUUCUUCAUACCCACUACCUUAGCUCUCAUCACCUCUUUCUUCCUUAUCUUCUACAUCUCCUCCACCUCAAACCUGUUUGUGCAUACUGAACGAUCUCAUCUUUCCACAAUAUCAUCACUUGGGUCUUCGCGAAUCUUUCCGCUCACCAAGAGACCCACCCAGAUUUCGCCUGAAAGUUUUCCGUUAAGCCCCUUCGAUUCGUCGCAGAGUCCGGUCAAAGCCAAUCAAAGCCCUCCUUUGGCAAGCGAUGGCGGUGAAGGACCUCCAAACGGAAACUAUGUAAAUAAUGAGGUGUUCCAUGACAGAGAUAUCUUUCUGGAAGGCUACAAAGAAAUGAAUAGAAGCUUUAAGAUAUAUAUUUAUCCUCACCAGCGGGACGAUCCCUUUGCAAAUGUUUUUUUGCCAGUGGAUUUUGAACCUGGGGGUAAUUAUGCCAGUGAAAGUUACUUCAAAAAGGUUCUUACGAGAAGCCAUUUCAUUACAAAGGAUCCAUCCAAGGCAGAUCUCUUCUUCCUGCCUUUCUCUAUUGCAAGGUUGCGACAUGACCCACGGGUAGGUGUCAGAGUUAUCCAAGAGUUUAUCAGAGAUUACAUCCUAAACAUUAGUCGGGACUACCCUUAUUGGAACAGGACUGCUGGAGCUGAUCAUUUCUAUGUUGCUUGCCAUUCCAUUGGACGGUCAGCCAUGGAGAAAGCAGAUGAAGUGAAAUUCAAUGUCAUUCAAGUUGUGUGCUCUUCAAGCUAUUUCCUAUCUGGGUACAUUGCUCACAAGGAUGCAUCUCUGCCUCAAAUUUGGCCAAGAGGAGGGGAUCCUUCAAAUCUUGAGACAUCAAAAAGGAAAAAGCUAGCCUUUUUUGCCGGAUCGAUGAACUCGCCAGUACGCCAAAAGCUUCUGCGAGAAUGGAGCAAUGACUCUGAGAUCUUGACUCACUUUGGUCGUCUGAAAACGCCUUAUGCUGAUGAGCUACUACGGAGCAAGUUCUGCCUCCAUGUCAAAGGAUUUGAAGUAAACACAGCUCGCAUAGCUGAUUCGUUGCACUAUGGAUGUGUCCCUGUGAUCAUCGCCAACCACUAUGAUCUCCCAUUUGCAGACAUAUUAGAUUGGAAGGCCUUCUCAGUAGUCAUCACAACAUUAGACAUACCGUUGUUGAAGAAAAUUCUUCGAGGGAUACGCUCCAGUGAUUAUUUGAUGUUACAAAGGAAUGUCUUGAAGGUGCGUCAACAUUUCCAGUGGCAUCUUUCUCCUGUUGAUUAUGAUGCUUUUUACAUGGUUAUGUAUGAGUUGUGGCUUCGACGAAGUUCUAUAAGGAUUCCAUUGAGUUCUGCUGUAUAAGGAUUCCGUUGAAGUUCUAUUGUAUUUGGGUGUUUAGGAUUUAGAUUUAGAAUUUUAUAGAUUGGAAAGAAAUUCAAUAAAAAUUUAUAUUACAUUUUAUUCAAA